UCAGUGUGGCUCGGCGGUUUAUAUCAGUGCUGCAAUGUCACAAACGAGUUGAUUUGUUUAAAUUAAUGCUCAUUUUUGCUUACCUUUUCUCGCCUGGAGGCCACACCUUCCUCCAUGUUAAAGACCGCUGGUGCUCUUCAGAAGCCUCACUUUGUUUGACACGUCCCUUUGAGUGGAUCAUGUCCACAGUGGAGGCCCUGAAGGACACAAAGCUGGGCUCGCUUUUAAAGGGCCUUCGUACGGACAUCGCCAUGGCCGUGGAUGACACCUUCCCUCUGGUUCACGGCCUGGCUGAUAAAAACAUCAUCAGUGAGCAACUGCUGAAGGACACACUGGAGAAGGAGGGGAGAGAAGGAAUCCACAAGGCCUUGUACUCGCUUCUCUCCUGGGUGCUUGAGCAAAGUCCUUCCACCAUGCAGGCCUUUUGGAGGAACUUGAACAAGGCCUAUAACCUGGAAAGCUACCCUAAACUGCGAUCGCUGCUCGCCAAUACUAGCAACAGGAGUCACAGCAAAAAGAGGAGCCGCAAGGACAGAAAUGAUCAACACUCUCAACUCUCACUGUAUCGCACUCAUGCAAAUGAUGAACAAGGCAUGAUGGUCCCCCCAGGGGAUAAAGUCAAGCUGUACCUAGUGAAGAGUGAAGCUCCUCCGCCUCCACAGCAGGCAACACCUGGCUCGGUCCAAAAAGGAGCCCACUCUUCUUCAUCUGCUGCUGUCCACAACAGUGAGCUGUCAAAGCAUUCAUCCUCCAGGGAGAAGAUCCAGAUCAAGCAUCAAAUGUUUGGCUUGGAUGGGUCUGCAAGAAAGUGCAUUAAAGUUGGAGGAGAGCUCUACAAAUGUAAAGCGUUGAAGUCCAAAGCUGCCAUGACAACAUUGCACCACCAGAGGGAGACAAACACUCACUCCAAUGAUGACGAGUGUGCUGUGUGCAAAGAUGGUGGCGAGCUGAUAUGUUGUGAUGGGUGCCCUCGAGCUUUUCACCUCACCUGCCUGGACCCUCCGCUCUCAGCCAUACCCAGCAGUGGCUCUUGGCAGUGUGAAGGCUGCAGUGGCAGAGGAGGGAAAAAACAGAAAACACAGAUUGCACUGCAGCCUCAGCAGAGCAGCACUAACAACUCCACCAUAGACAUCUCAUUCUUCCCCCUGUUGUCCUCCUCCACCUCCCUAAAAGAGUGUCCAGGUGGAGACUUGAUGGGCAUGAGAGAUGCGUGCGGUAUUUGUCACCUGGCAGGAGGAGAGCUGACCUUCUGCCUUCAGUGUUCCAAGUGCUACCACCCUCGCUGCCACUUCUCCAUUGGUAGAUCUGUCUGUUUGUCCUGCUCUAGGACGUGGGUGAGUGCUGCAGAAAAGGCGGCGCAGCCUUCAUUUUUACAGGUUCAGAACACACAUGGUCUUGACCAGAGCUUAUCCAGACAUCAGGAAGAACUGGAUUCCAUCCUGGGAGACCAGGCCUCCUUGGAUGGCAUCCUGCAGUGGGCUUUCCACAACAUCUCUCAACCUCAUACAGACACCCCAGGAUGCUAUCAGUAACAAAUAAAGCAGCAAAAGUUUGUUUUUCAAAACAGCAAAAUAUGAUGUCAAUUAAGGAGUGAUCAGAACUUUCCUCACAUUGUAAUUGAAUCACGGUAAUUUACUUCGUAGAUCCCCAACCACCUGUUUGUCUCACAUUUGCUACCGGGCUACACGGAAACAUUAAAUAAUUAAUAAAUGAAAACAUUUUCUCCAACAUAACUUUCGCCUGUCAAUGAGCUUGUUCAUCGAUGUACAGUAGUUCUGCAACCAACAACUCUUGUGGCAGUCAUUCACUAUCUUAACCAUUAGUCGGCUAAUUUGAUUCAAUUGAAUUUUAUCUAUAUUACUGUAUUUUUCGGACCAAAUUGCGCACCGGAUUAAAAGUUUCUCUGCCGAUGAGCGGGUCUAUUCAGGUCUUUUUUCAUACAAAUGGCGCACCGUACUAUAUGGCGCAUUAAAGGCGUACUGGAAUGAGAUUUUCUUAUUCAAACGGGAAUAGCAGGUCCAUUCUAUGUGUCAUACUUGAUCAUUUUGCGAUAUUGCCAUAUUUUUGCUGAAAUGAUUUAGUAAAGAAGAUCCACGAUACAGUUUGCAACUUUUGGUGCUGAUAAAAAAGCCUUGCCUGUACCAGAAGUCGCAGACAAUGACGUUACAAGGGUGAGGGCUCCUCACGUCCUCACAUUGUCUUUAAAGGGAGCCUCCAGCAGCAAGAGCUAUUUGGACCGAGAAAACGACAAUUUCCCCAUUAAUUUGAGCGAGGAUGAAAGAUUUGUGGAUGGUGAUAUUGAUAGCAAAGGACUAGAAAAAUAAAUAAAUAAAGUUUAAAAAAAAAAUUAAAUAAAAAAGGCGAUUGCAUUGGGACGGAUUCAGAUGCUUUUAGACACAUUUACUAGGAUAAUUCUGGGAAAUCCCUUAUCUUUCUAUUGUGUUGCUAGUGUUUUAGUGAGUUUGACACUACCUGAUAGUCGGAGGGGUGUGUCCACGGAUGUCUUGAGGCCAGUGUCUGAGGGAAGUCGACGGCAGAUACAAGGACGGCGAAAACUCCACAGAUCUCCUGUAAGAGGCGACUUUUUAACACAAUUUUCUCACUGAAACCUGCCGGUUGACAAGUAGUCGGGAUCCAUGUUCGCUUGACCGCUCUGAUCCACAGUAAAGGUUCACCUCCGGGAAUUUUAAACAAGGAAUCACCGUGUGUUUGUGUGGCUAAAAGCUAAAGCUUCUCAACUCCAUCUUUCUACUUUGACUUCUCCAUUAUUAAUUGAACAAAUUGCAAAAGAUUCAGCAACACAGAUGUCCAGAAUACUGUUUAAUUGCGCGAUGAAAAGAGAGGACUUUUAGCCGCAAAUAGUGCUGCGCUAAUAUUUCCUGACAGUCCGUGACGUCACGUGCACGCAUCAUCCUUCCGCGACGUUUUCAACAAGAAACUCCGCGGGAAAUUUAAAAUUGCAAUUAAGUAAACUAAACCGGCCGUAUUGGCAUGUGUUGCAAUGUAAUAUUUCAUCAUUGAUAUAUUAAUGACAACACUAAAUUGGCCCUAGUGUGUGAAUGUGAGUGUGAAUGUUGUCUGUCUAUCUGUGUUGGCCCUGCGAUGAGGUGGCGACUUGUCCAGGGUGUACCCCGCCUUCCGCCCGAUUGUAGCUGAGAUAGGCGCCAGCGCCCCCCGCGACCCCGAAAGGGAAUAAGCGGUAGAAAAUGGAUGGAUGGAUGGAUAUAUUAACUAUCAGACUGCGUGGUCGGUAGUAGUGGGUUUCAGUAGGCCUUUAAAUGGGGUCAUUUUAUGAUUUUCUUGUAAAUUCAAAACACUAUCUUGUGGUCCACAUAACAUGUGAUGGUGUCUUUUUUGUCAAAAUCUUGCACAGAUUAUGUUUUACAGAUCAUCUUUAAGUAGGUUUCAGAGCGUCCUUUCAGGAUGCGGCGUUUUGUGGGUUGUCUUAUUUACGUGGCUCACCUUCGACAGCGUCUUCUCCCUGUCAUCUUUGUUGUAGCCGUGUAGCGUGCAAGGACGGGAGUGGAAGAAGUGUCAAAAGAUGUAGCUAACUGUUUUAAAGACAUUAAGACUUUACUUUAAUCCAUAACGGAGCAGCAUCAUCUCAUCCGUGGCUCAAUAAUACAACAUCAACGCUGGAAAUAAAAAUGUCCGACCGGAACCCUCUAAUAUCUAAAGUUCCGUGUGUGAAUUAUGUAAACCCACUACAGUUUCUAGCGCUUUUAUAGCUAGUCUACUGACAGAUAUAAGUUAGAACUUUAGGUUACUUUAUAUUAGAAAUGACAACAGUGGAAGAUGAAUGCCACAUAAGAAGGUAGAGAAAAAGAAGAAGUUUAUGACUAUGGUUUCGGUAUGGACUACAAUGGUUGACGCGCGCACAUUUUCAGGACUUAUGCAGAUCCCAAAUACACAUCAACAUAUACCAGAAGGUAAGAAAAGUUGGUUUUUCAUAAUAUUGCGAAACAAAACGCCAGGUAAUAUGUCUGCUAAUAGGUGCCAUUUUGCGGCCCUUAUACACAAACCAUUGUAAUACUUGUAUUUUUAAGGUGCUGACAAUCCAUCAAGCAGUGCGGCUUCAUAGCUUACCAAAAUCGUACUAAAAACAUUUUGACAGAUUUAUGCACGCCGUGUGUAAUGUUCUAUAUUCUCAAUGGAACAUUUAAAGUUUUGGUGUUCUUCACGGCCAUCAUAUUGCAGUCUACGCGUAUCUCUUAUGUAUGACUGCCAUCUACUGGUCACACACUUAUCAUCACACCAUGUACCAAAUAAAAUUGCUUCGAGGUCAGUAAGUACAACCAGGAUUAUUCCGUACAUUAGGCGCACUGUGUUAUAAGGCGCACUGUCGAUUUUUGAGAAAAUUUAAGGAUUUUAAUUGCCUUAGAGUCUGAAAAAUACGGUAUAUUCAAUGUUUUAUUCGCAUGUUUGUGUUCACCUUUGAGGGACAGUCAAAUUGGAGCAGGAUUGGUGAAACAAAAAAAAAAAAAGUCUGCCGUCAAGCAGAACAUCUUUGCAGGGUCACGGGCUCUAAUAAAAGUUUCUUUGUAUACUACUGUUUCUUGACUAUGCCUUUAAUGUUUCGGUGCUACAAAACAUCCCGAUAGCACCAUAAUUGGCAUAAAUAACACAAUCCAAGAUGUGCCUUACCAAAAAUGGCAGUUGCACAAUCUUUGUGGCUCUGAGGACUUCACACUCUCAUCACAGCAGAUGGUUCCAAUACACGGAGGUAUGAAUCCUGCGAAAUGUUUAACAGGAAUUCCUCCAAGACGAUCACUUAGAUGUGGAAUGUUGUUUUUGU